AUGUCUGCUGUGAAGUGUUCUUUGUGUGACUCGACCUAUGUGCAUAAGAAAAGCCUGUAUAGGCACAUGCGCACAAAGCAUGAUUGUGAUCCGCCAAGUGAGGAAAAGAUAGGUGAAGUUUGCUAUGUGUGCGAUAAAGUGUUCUCCAGUAUCUCAGUACUAAAUCGUCACCUAAGAGAGCAGCACAAAGUUCAGCCACAAACAAAAAGAUCAAAGCUCCUCUGUCCAUCAUGUGACGUUAUGUUUCCCUCAUCCACAAGCAUGGAUAUGCAUUUGAAACAUGACCACAGUAAUGACUUAUCUUCUUCUCAAAUGAAUUUUCAGAGAAUUGAUGAUUUCUAUGUUUGGAAAGAAGAAAUGGAGAGAGGAACAAACUCUUUGUAUAUUCAGCAUGAAGGUGCAAGGAGGCUCGAUCAUGGAGAAAGAAGAUAUUAUUAUUGCCACAGGUCUGGAAACUCAAGGAAGGUAGAAGCUCCAGAUAGGAUCCGAUGGAAGGAAUCACCAAAAAUUGAGCGUUACUGCCCUGCUCGAAUUACUGUAACAGAAGUCAAUGGAAAAGUAUCAGUAGUGCACCACAAGGAUCAUGUUGGGCAUGAUUUUGAUUUGGGCCACCUGCGACUCAACAAAAAUGAAAGGGCCAUGCUUGCUGCAAAACUACAAUCAAAAGUUCCCAUGAAUGACAUCCUUGAUGAUAUAAGAGACAGUGUUACCGAAGAAGGAGGAUUAUCAAGACUGCAUCUGCUGGACAAGCGAGAUUUGUUAAACGUCAUUAAGGAAUUCAAGCUUGAUAAGAACAGAGCGCAUGAUAAUGACGCAAUGAGUGUUGAUAUGUGGGUAGCAGAGCAGCAAGCAAAAGAUCACAACAUUGUGGCUUACUACAAACGACAGCACGAAGUAGAUCCAUGUGGCGUACUGGCAGAAGACGACUUCAUGGUUGUACUAAUGACUGACUAUCAGAAGGAGAUCCUCCAAACGUAUAGCACAGACAAGACUCUAAUUGACAGCACACACGGAACGAACAAAUAUGACUUUCAACUAACCACCCUUAUGACUGUAGAUGAGUUCGGAGCUGGGUGUCCAGGCGCUUAUUGCAUUAGUAACAGGAUUGACACUGACAGCAUGACUGUCUUCUUUGAGGCGGUGAAAAGAAGAUUGGGCACAUCCAUUUCAACCAACAUCUUCAUGUCCGAUGAUUAUCCUGCCUAUUACAAUGCAUGGGCAGCCGUAAUGGGACCUGCCAGACAUCGCCUAUUGUGCACAUGGCAUGUUGACAGGGCUUGGAGAACACAGCUCAAACAAAAAGUGAAUGACGUUAAAGCUCCAGAAGUUUAUAAAGGGUGCAGAGUACUCCUUGAGUGCAAAGAUCCUGAGAGACUUGAAUCACUGAUCGUAAACUUCAUUCAACUGUGUGAGAGCGAUGAAGAGACCAAUGAAUUUGGGAGGUAUUUUAGAAAGCACUAUGCCAACCGCAUCAACAUGUGGGCCUACAGUCAUCGUCAGAAACUUGGAUUAAAUACAAAUAUGUAUUUAGAAGCUCUGCACAAAAAAUUAAAGUAUUGCUACUUUGAUGGAAAAUGCAACAGGAGAAUUGACAAUUGUAUUGCUGCUCUACUUCAGCUUACAAAGAACCUCCUAUUUGAACGGCUGAUUAGGCACCACAAACAAAAGCCAACAUCUAGGAUGCUAGCAAUAACACAGAGCCAUAAGAAGGGUGCACAGAUCCCACCAGAAUUUAUUGAGCAAGUAGAUCAUGCAGAGUGGACGGUCAAAUCUCAAGUUCGGACAAGAGGGCCAUACACUGUUAAGGGGAGGUUCUGGUGA